AUGGCGGAUCACUGCUGCGCUCAUCAGGAGGUUUCUUCGUACAAGGAGAAUCUGGCAGAGGAGCCAAAGCAGCACGUUCCUACAGCUGCAGCUGCUUCGACGGGGAGGUACACAAGUAUUAAGUUGCACAUGUACCUGAAAUGCACCGUCUUCAUCAGAAUAGAUAUCACAAAGACCAUGGCUGGUUCAGUUAUCAUCAUGAGUCGAGCCGGCUGGCUUUCCAAGGAUAGGAGCACUCCCGAAGGCAUCAACAUGGAGGAGCAUGGUUGGAGGUUUCAGCCCCCUUUCCCCCAACCCACCGGAGGGUACGACAGCAGCUCGGAUUCUGACUGGGAAUCCCCGGUUAUAAGGCAGAGGAAACCUCUUGAGGUGAGGAACGCACGCCACGAAAGAAGAGCUGCGUUGAGAGAAAAGACUGCCCGUCAUCACGCCGAGGUGGCCUUGCGCAAGUACAACAAAGCGAACAACACCAAGUUUGAGCUGGAGGAGGUUCGAGUAAUCUCUAUAUUUUUUGAGUUUGGAGGAGGCUGCAUCCAUUAUAACUUCACAGCUAAGCAGCCCGAGGGUCACCAGCUUGGUAAUUCCGCCAUUACCAAGCUAUUCUUCUCCGAAGUCGACCCCAGGUUUCGGAAUGAAAAUAAUGUGCUUCUAUGCUGUAUAGUUGAGGAAAAUGACGCAGGACACUGCUUUGGCUGCGAAGACUACAAGCCUAUUGUUCACCCAAGUAGCCAAGCAUACGGUGGUGGUAGUAGUACCUGUAUUGAAUUUCCUCGCUCAGACGGAGAUAGCACAGAGAGUGACUAG